AUGAAGCUCAUCUCCAUGGCCCUGGUGUGUCUGCUAUUGGCUGGGAUGUGGACACAAGACGUGGACAGCAAGAGCAUGCAUGUAUCAUCCUCCAACUGCUGCUUCAAGUUUGUGGAGAAACAGAUUUCCCUGAAGAACAUCCAGUGUUAUAAAAACACCAGCUCUACCUGCCCCUACGAUGCCUUAAUAUUGAAGCUGAAGAGGGGCAGAGAGAGCUGUGUCUUGAAGAAAGCCCAGUGGGUCCAGGAUAAUAUCAAUAAGAUGAAAUUCUGUUUGCCAAAGUGA